AAGUGACGAUGAUUCCUGAGCGACUGCAUCAGGACUGCAAAGGGCUUGUCCUGCUGGGAGUUCUCCUGGGGGUUCUGUGGGAAACCGGAUGCGCCCAAAUUCACUAUUCAGUUCCUGAGGAGCUGGAGAAAGGCUCUAGGGUGGGAAACAUCGCCAAGGACCUGGGGUUGGAGCCCCAGGAACUAGAAGAGCGUGGAGUCCGUAUAGUCUCCAGAGGUAGGACUCAACUUUUCGCUCUGAACCUUCGAAGCGGCAACCUAAUCUCCGCAGGCAGAAUAGACCGGGAAGAGCUCUGUAUGGGCGUCUUAAAGUGUCAAUUAAAUCUGGAGAUUCUGUUGGAGGAUAAAGUAAAAAUAUACGGGGUAGUAGUAGAAGUGAGAGACAUUAACGAUAAUGCCCCCUAUUUCCGGGAAGAUGAAUUAGAAAUAAAAGUGAGUGAAAACGCAGCCACUGGGUUGCGGUUCCCUCUUCCCCACGCUUGGGAUCCGGAUAUCGGGAAGAACUCUCUCCAGAGCUAUGGACUCAGUAGUAAUACUCACUUCUCCCUGGACGUGCAAAGCGGAGCGGAUGGUAACAAGUACCCAGAAUUGGUUUUGGAGUGCGCCUUGGACCGGGAGCAGAAGGCUGUUCAUCACCUUGUUCUCACCGCCUCCGACGGGGGUGACCCAGUCCGCACAGGCACCACGCGCAUCCGUGUGAUGGUAGUUGAUGUGAAUGACAACGCACCAGUAUUUGCUCAGUCUGAGUACCGCGUGAGCGUUCCAGAGAAUGUGGCCGUAGGCACUAAGCUGCUUCUGGUAAGUGCCACCGACCCUGACGAAGGAGCCAAUGUGGAAGUGAUGUAUUCCUUCCGUUAUGUGGACAACAAGGCAGCCCAAGUUUUCAAACUAGAUGCUAAUUUAGGGACAAUUUCAACAAUAGGGGAGCUGAACCACGAGGAAUCAGAAUUCUACGAGAUGGAAGUGCAAGCAGUUGAUAACGCAGGGUAUUCUGCACGAGCCAAAGUCUUGAUCACAGUAUUGGAUGUGAAUGAUAAUGCCCCUGAAGUAGUUGUCAUCUCUCUCUCCAGCUCCAUUCUGGAAAACUCUCCCAGAGGGACAUUAAUUGCCCUUUUAAAUGUAAAUGAUCAAGACUCUGGGGAAAAUGGACAAGUGAUCUGUUUCAUCCGAGGGAAUCUGCCAUUUACAUUAGAAAAGUCUUAUGGAAAUUACUAUAGUUUAGUGACAGACACACUCCUAGACCGGGAACAGGUUCCUAGCUACAACAUCACGGUGACCGCCAGUGACAGAGGAAGUCCGCCCCUGUCCACGGAAACUCCUAUCUCACUGAAAGUAGCAGACACCAACGACAACCCGCCCGCCUUCUCUGACGCUUUCUACUCCGCCUAUAUCGUGGAGAACAACCCUAGAGGAGCCUCCCUAAUGUCCGUGACCGCCUGUGACCCCGACUAUGGAGUGAACGCCCAGGUCACUUACUCAUUGGCCGAGGACAGCCUUCCCGGACCGCCCAUAUCCUCCUACAUCUCCAUCAACUCCAACACUGGCGUUCUGUAUGCGCUGCGUUCCUUCGACUAUGAGCAGUUCCAAGACUUGCAUCUGCAAGUCACAGCGCAGGACAGCGGUGACCCUCCGCUCAGCAGCAACGUGUCUCUGAACUUGUUCCUGGUGGACCAAAAUGACAACGCGCCAGAGAUCCUGUACCCCGCCCUCCCCACCGAUGGUUCCACAGGCGUGGAGCUGGCGCCCUGCUCCGCAGAGCCCGGCUACCUGGUCACCAAGGUGGUGGCGGUGGACAGAGACUCGGGCCAGAACGCCUGGCUGUCCUACCGCCUGCUCAAGGCGAGCGAGCCAGGGCUCUUCGCGGUGGGGCUGCACACGGGCGAGGUGCGCACGGCGCGGGCCCUGCUGGACAGAGACGCGCUCAAGCAGAGCCUGGUGGUGGCGGUGCAGGACCACGGCCAGCCCCCUCUCUCGGCCACCGUCACGCUCACCGUGGCCGUGGCCGACAACAUCCCGGACGUCCUGGCCGACCUGGGCAGCAUCAGGACCCCCGCCGACCCGGACGAUUCGGACCUCACGCUGUAUCUGGUGGUGGCGGUGGCGGCAGUCUCGUGCGUCUUCCUGGCCUUUGUCAUCGUGCUGCUGGCGCUCAGGCUGAGGCGCUGGCACGCGUCGCGUCUGCUCCAGGCUUCCGGAGGCGGGCUGGUGGGCGUGCCGGCCUCGCACUUUGUGGGCGUGGACGGGGUGCGGGCUUUCCUGCAGACCUAUUCCCACGAGGUCUCCCUGACCGCGGACUCGCGGGAGAGUCACGUGAUCUUCCCCCAGCCCAACUACGCGGACACGCUCAUCAGCCAGGAGAGCUGUGAGAAAAAGGAUUUUCUAUCAGCACCGCAGUCUUUACUUGAAGAUAAAGAAGAAACAUUUUCUCAGGUAAAUUCCCUUCACAAUAUACUUAGUAGCUAUUACUAAAAUAAACAUUUAUUUACUUAGCUGCCUCCAUUGUUUACCACAUCUUUUCUAUUUCUCAUAUUUCCUUGUGAAUAUAUCAAUUCUUAGGAAAUGAGUCCUGGUGAACUAUUUCUCAAUAGUUCUAAGUGCUCACACCCUGUAAGGGGAAGAGGGGCUAGAAUCAUUGUAUCAUGAGUAUAAAUCAGGAGUUAGUAUGGGGUGAAUAUUAUUUAGGU